GUGGAUCUAUCGGUCGCCCGGCAGGCAGGCAGGAGAGGCGGCCCCCCUCACCCUUUUCCCAGAGGGGCCCGGGCCCCGGCCCCCGGCAUGGAUGUGAGAUUCUACCCCGCGGCGGCCGGGGACCCAGCCGGCCUGGACUUCGCGCAGUGCCUGGGCUACUACGCCUACAGCAAGUUUGGGAACAAUAACAACUAUAUGAAUAUGGCUGAAGCAAAUAAUGCCUUCCUUGCUGCCAGUGAGCAGACAUUCCAUACUCCAAGUCUCGGGGAUGAAGAGUUUGAAAUCCCACCAAUCACUCCACCUCCAGAGUCAGACCCUACCUUGGGAAUGUCAGAUGUACUGUUACCCUUUCAAGGCCUCAGUGAUCCACUACCUGCACAAGGAAAUGAAUUUACACCUCAGUUUCCUCCUCAAAGCUUGGAUCUUCCUUCUAUUACAAUAUCAAGAAAUCUCGUGGAACAAGAUGGUGUAAUCCAUGGCAGUGGAUUGCAUAUGGAUCAUGGUCACACACAGGUGUCUCCAUAUCGCCAAGAUCACUCCUUGAUCAUGAGGUCUAUUGUUCAUAUGACGGAUGCUGCUCGUUCUGGAAUUAUGCCUGCUGCCCAGCUCACAACCAUUAACCAAUCUCAACUCAGUGCCCAGCUGGGAUUAAAUUUAGGGGGUGCCACUAUGCCUCACACAUCUCCUUCACCUCCUGCAAGCAAAUCAGCAACUCCUUCCCCAUCAAGCUCUAUCAAUGAAGAGGAUGCGGAUGAGUCAAACAGGGCCAUUGGAGAGAAAAGAGCUGCUCCAGAUUCUGGCAAGAAGCCCAAAACUCCAAAGAAAAAGAAAAAGAAAGAUCCCAAUGAGCCACAGAAACCAGUGUCAGCAUAUGCCCUAUUCUUCAGAGACACACAAGCUGCAAUUAAAGGUCAAAACCCCAAUGCAACCUUUGGAGAGGUUUCAAAAAUAGUAGCAUCAAUGUGGGACAGCUUGGGUGAAGAACAAAAGCAGGUAUAUAAAAGAAAAACUGAGGCUGCCAAGAAAGAAUACCUAAAGGCACUUGCUGCUUAUCGAGCAAGUCUUGUUUCCAAGGCUGCUGCAGAAUCGGCAGAAGCACAGACAAUUCGUUCUGUACAGCAGACUCUGGCAUCUACUAAUUUAUCAUCCUCUCUUCUCCUGAAUACUCCUCUUUCUCAACAUACACCAGUGUCAGCAUCUCCUCAGACUCUUCAACAGUCACUUCCCAGGGCAAUUGCUCCUAACCCCUUAACCAUGCGACUUCCAAUGAAUCAGAUUGUAGCUUCUGUUACCAUCGCAGCCAACAUGCCAACAAACAUUUCUGCACCGUUAAUUAGCUCAAUGGGAACAACCAUGGUUGCCACACCAUCUUCAACUCAAGUGAGCCCUUCAGUGCAAACCCAGCAGCAUCAGAUACAGUUGCAGCAGCAGCAACUGCAACAGAUGCAACAGCAACAAUUGCAUCAGCAUCAAAUGCAUCAGCAAAUACAACAGCAAAUGCAACAGCAGCAUUUUCAACACCACAUGCAACAACACUUGCAACAGCAACAACACAUCCAGCAAAUCAGUCAACAGCAAAUGCAGCAGCAGCUGCAGCAUAUUCAGUUGCAACAAAUACAGCAGCAGCAAAUGCAACACAUGCAGCACCAGUCUCAGCCUUCUCCUCGGCAACAUUCCCCUGUAGCUUCACAGAUAACUUCGCCCAUUCCUGCUAUUGGAAGUCCCCAGCCAGCACCUCAGCAGCACCAGUCACAAAUACAGGCCCAGACACAGACUCAAGUAUUGUCACAGGUCAGUAUUUUCUGAAGAUAAAUAGUGCAAAAUUGAUUUGCAUUUGUUUGGGAGGAUAAGAUGUAAGGGUAAACCAUAUUUGGCUGAAACUGUAAAUUGUUGAUGGUGGUUAUGCAGGUGUGCAUAACAGGUCAAUGGUCCUCUGAAGUGUCUAUCAGAUAGGCAAUAAAGAACUACAAUGUAGCUGUGUAUCAUCUUUUAGCUAACUAUAAAUCAUUUGGUUUUUAAAGAAAAGAAAAGCUGUGCGCUUUCAUGUGAUGCCUUUUUAAUUUAUUCAAGCUUUAUCUACAAUAUGUGAAUCCAAUGGUCUAAUAAAUAUGGGACAUUAUGAUGACUGUAGACUGGCCUUUCAGAGUUAUAUAAUAUAGUCCUUAUUUCUCGAAGAAUGAAUGAAUGCACUUCAAGGCAGUUUGAACUCAUGAAGCCCUUAAAAGCACAGUUGUAACUACCUGUAAAAUGAAGACUCAAUUUCAUACAAACAUUUGUAUGAUGUGAAUAGUUGAUGGCAUUUUUUGUCAUGGAGAAAAAUAAUGUAAAUCACAGACUUUUGCCAAAGCUAUUAUUUUUGUUCUUAAAACUGUUCAGAAAAGCAAAUGAGAGUGAUUAAAUGUUCGCUUUUAUCCAUGAUUUCCUCAAACCACAGCAUCUGUUGUAACAAAAUAUAUUACCACUGUUAUUCCAUUAUAUCCAUUCUAAUUAGAAAACAAAUGUGAAUAUUAUAUUCCGUGUUUUGAGUGAAAAGUUUCAAAAAAUAAAAACACUGUAUUUUUAAAAGGGAAAUGCACUUAAAUGAAAACAGUUAUUACAAAAGUUAAGAUUUUAAAAAUGCAAGAGUUUUUUUAUUAUGCUGUAAUACCAGUAGAAUAUUUAAAAGAAGCUCUACAUCUGAAUAAUCAAUGUAAAUAAUUUCUUUAAAUGUUGUAAGUUUUCCUAUCACGUGUUGUAAAAUUUUCAUAAAGGAGGCUUUAAUGUAAACACUGGUAACAUAAACCAUUCGUUGCUACGUUGCUUAUUGUGUGUUUAUGCUAUUUUAUACUUUUUUAUGAGUUGAUAGCAGCAAUUAAGUUGUUUGUAUUUUGCUUAACUAAAAAAAAUGCUUUUAUCUUGCUAUAGAAUAAACACAUUUCAGUAAAAAAAAUACUCAGACUGUGUUUUGAUGAAAGAAUCUUUUACUUUUCUAAUAAAAAAUAGACAUCACAUUUCAAUUGGAGUCUUUAAAAUUUAGCAUGUACAAAGGUACCACAUUAAGUUUCAUUGGAACUCAAGUAUACUCUUCCAUAUUAAGUAGAAAAUGUUAAAAUUAGCCUAGAAUUCAAAUUGCUUCACCAAAAAACUUGCAUUUCAUUAUAUAUUUUUAAAAGCAUAAAAUACAGUUAAAAAAUCAUUAAAAAAAAAAAAAAAAAAAAAAAAAAACAGACGUCGUAUUUAGUACCUGCUGGCAUUUCUGGUAUUCCUUGCUUAAAUGUGGUUGGUGAAUGUUUAUUCUGGAAUAUAAAUACUUUUUUUCUGUACCUCCCAUCUUAGCCCCCACCCCCUCAUUUUUUCCCCCUCUGGAGAAGCUCUGCUAUGAGAGCAGUAUGGCCACUAUCCCCAGUUGUCUUGCAUGAUUAAUUACAGCAUCUGUCCUGUCAGAAGCUAUAAUGAAGAGGUCUUGAUAAAAAUUGCAAAUUACCACUGGCAACAGUCUUAAACUGCUUAUGAUAAAAUGAAAAUUAAAAACAGCAAGUGUCAAGCCUGACCAGCAUCCUAAUCUGGAAAGAAUGAAUGUGAGAGGUGAUGUCCAUAGCUAUUAUAUGUAAGAAAGAUAUACACAAAUAAUGGAGUAUGAAUUCCUGAAAGUUGCUGUUGUGGCUCAAAGAAUAUUUACUGUAUGUUAUGGGUUAUUAAUAAUGAAUUCAGCUUUCAAUAUUUCAUAAUCCUCUGGUACUCCCAUAUUAUGUACAAAUAUUGAACAGCAAGAGAUUCUAAUUAUAAAUUUAUAGAUUUCUUGCAGUAGAAAAAUGUAUGUCUAAAUUGAAGCUUUUCAUAAGAUGUAUUAGUUGACAGAUAUCGGUGCUGAAACAGUCUAAGAAUCGUACCUAAUAACAUCUAUAAGGGAAUGAUUAUUUCACAAAAGAGAGAUCUUCUGGCAAUAGAUAUCUCACAAGCAGAAAUGGUUGUAAAUUUUUUCUGUGAAUUGAAACCAGCAUCACAUAACAAUGAGAAGCAUUAUAUAUUCUGUUUUGAAACCUUUAGACAAAUGUCUUCAAAAUUAAUUGCUAAACUACAUGUGACAGUAAUUGUGUAUUGUUCUGUAAUUGUCAUAUUGAAAGCCCAUGAAGUAUCGCUUGGAAAAAUUGUCACUAGUGAUAAGAGUUAAUUGCAAGUGAAGUCUGUUUUCAACAGUUUGCAGUUAUAAGCAGGUGUUAUUACAUCCAUUAAAUGAUUUUAUAAAUCUUGGUUUUAUCACAUUUGAUUAAGUGCUGCUAAACUACUAAUAGCCAAUUCCAAGAAAAAUAGUUUAAUUACUCCAACAUACACUUACACAUACACAUAUACAUACACGCAUGCAUGUGUGCACACACACAUACAUUAAUCACAAGACAGAACUGUACAUUUAAAAUGUCAAAGACUUGAAUCAUGAAAAAAUAAUCCUCAACCUUGUUACCAAAAUAUAUUUCACAAGAUCCUCCAAAGCAUAUUGUGAAACAGCUUGUAUUUCAAUUUAAACGUGUGACUGUUCGUAUCCCUAUUACUUAAGUAACUUGGUGCACUUUUUGUUACAGGUUAGAAAUAACUGGAAAUAAAUCAUGAUGAUGAAAAAUGGA